AUGGACAGUCAACAAAGCACCCAACGAGUUAGGCUCACUGCUGUGGACCACACCCAGCCGAAGCUUUACGUCACCCUGUUCGCAUCAUUCAUUCUCGCAGAUAUCGAAAGCGGCCUCCAGAGCCUCCAAGCCGGCGUGAAAACGCUCUUCUCAGAGAUCGAUUUCCUAGCAGGAGACGUCGUCACUCAUCCCGAACUUGAAGGCAGGCGAAACGUUCGCCAGAUCCAUCCGCCCAUCGGCGCGCUCGCAGACGUAACCCUUCUCCAGGUGAAACCUCACGGGAGUGCCUCAACUGCAUCUGCCAUCCUUGAGUCCAGCCCAUCCUUCCCCGAUUACGCUCCCUUCCCGGCCCUGAUUGCGCCAACGGAGCGAUGGCCGGUCCUGCGGUUCCAGGCGAAUCUCAUGCGCGACGGGAUCGUGCUCGCCAUGAGUUUCAACCACGCCGUAUUCGACGCGACGGGCGCCACCUUUGUUCUCCAGGCUCUAUCCGAAUGCUGUCGGGCUGGGGGCAACGGUCUUAAGGAUACGGAGCUCCUGUCAGCGAUCCAACGGAACGAAAUCAGCUUACGACAAGAGAUUUACCAAACCCCACCCAGCAAUACAACUCAGGGAGACGUCUCCAACUACUACGGCCCCGCAGCUAUUGUCCCCGACCUACAGCCCGAGCAAUGGACCGGCUUCAUGGCCUCGUUGCAGGCCACCCUCAGCACCCGAAAAUUCCUCUUCCCCGCAAGCAGAGUCGAGCAACUAAAAGCCAUCUGCAGCGAUUCCAUCGCCCGGGCCUCCCAGCAGACGACCCCGACCCCCAGCAGCAACACCGUGAUCUCCGCCCUCUUGAUAACCUGUAUAAGAAGGAUCCUCGCCGCGCCCUGCGCCGACACCGAGACAGCGCACCCGGCAACGUUCGUCAUGCCCGUUAACCUCCGGGGACGGUUGAAAACCCCUCGAUUCAAAACCUACCUAGGCAACAUGAUCACCGCCCUGCGCGGAUCCACACCCAGCACUGCGGAUGUAAUCGACGGCGCCAGCGAGGGCCAACAACAGCUGACACAUCUAGCUCGUCUGAGCCUGCAGAUCCACCAAGGCCUGGAAUCCAUCGACGAGCAGCACAUCCGCGAGACGAUCGCCUUUCUCCAGGCCCAGGACGACUGGAGCGCUGUGAACCAUAAGCCGGCGGAUAUCAUCCUCAGCAGUUGGAGACACCUCGGUGUGUAUGAUCUUGAUUUUGGGGCCCCCUUGGGUUUCGUGGAUGACUUUGAGAUGGACUUUGGCCUGGUCGAGCCCCUUUGCUUUUUCAUGCCGAAACGGCGUGUCCGGGGUGGUGGUGGUGGUGACGUCCCGUGGGAGGUGCACAUCACUCUGAAGAAGGGUAAAUUUGAUGCUUUGCUGGCGGAUCCGCUGUUUGGUUGGAUUUUGGGAGGAGACGCUCUGCCUGCUGGUGACUUCGCUUUGUAG